GCACCUUGGAAAAUUGAAGCCAUUGUUUUAUUCUUACCACUAUCUGAAACUAUUGAUCCGAAUAACCAAAUGCAAGAUGCUUUAAAAAUAUCAAGACUUUUAAGAUAUGACAAAUUGGGAAUUUAUUGUAGAAAGAUAGAAGUCUUCAAGCUUCAAAAUAGUCCCCAACCUGUAUUCUAUAAUUUCUGCAAUAUGCCUUUUAGUUUAAAAAAACAGUUAAAAAAUUAUUUUAUAGUUGAUUUUAUACCAUUUGAAGGCUACUUUGAUGAUAUGAUAUGUCUUUUACUUCAAGAACUUCAUCAAUUAGAGAAAGGCAUUGUAAUGAAGAUGAAUAAUGAAUUAGUUUGGGUUAUUGUUUCAAUUAGAUUAGUAAUGGCUGACUUGCCACAAGACAAUGAUCUUAGCAAUGUUAAAAAACAAGAUGCUCUUUAUGG